CACGCAGCAGCCGCAGCGACUGAGGUGCCUUCCAGCUGCCGCCGACGCUCCUCCCACGACCCCCGCCGCCGUCACCGACCGACACGCCGCUUCCCCAGCCCGACAGCGAGCAGCACCAUGAACGGCAAGAUCAACGGCUUGCACCCGAACCUGCUGGACGAGAAGACGUUCCUGUUCACCUCCGAGUCGGUGGGCGAAGGUCACCCAGAUAAAAUCUGUGAUCAGAUUAGUGAUGCUGUAUUGGAUGCCCACCUCAAACAAGAUCCUGAUGCCAAAGUUGCUUGUGAGACUGUUGCAAAAACUGGUAUGAUUCUGCUGUGUGGUGAGAUUACCUCUAGGGCCGCUGUCGACUACCAGAAAGUUGUACGAGAUACUAUUAAACAUAUUGGGUACGACGAUUCUUCAAAAGGCUUUGACUACAAGACUUGCAACGUUCUAGUUGCUUUGGAACAACAGUCUAGAGAUAUUGCACAGGGUGUUCACUUGGAUAGGAAUGAAGAAGAUAUUGGUGCUGGAGAUCAAGGUCUUAUGUUUGGCUAUGCCACAGAUGAAACCGAGGAGUGCAUGCCCCUGACCAUUGUUCUUGCUCACAAACUGAAUGCUAAAAUGGCAGAGCUACGCCGUGAUGGCACUCUGCCCUGGCUCCGACCAGACUGCAAAGCGCAGGUUACUGUGCAGUACCUGCAGGACCAUGGUGCUGUUAUUCCUAUCCGUGUGCACACGAUUGUUAUAUCGGUGCAGCAUGAUGAAGAUGUUCCACUGGAUGAGAUGCGGGAUGCUCUGAAGGACAAAGUAGUCAAGGCUGUUGUGCCUUCCAAGUACUUGGAUGACGAGACCGUAUAUCACCUGCAGCCCAGUGGACGUUUUGUUAUUGGUGGACCACAGGGAGAUGCAGGCCUCACUGGGCGAAAGAUUAUUGUUGACACCUAUGGUGGAUGGGGUGCACACGGGGGUGGUGCUUUCUCUGGCAAGGACUACACCAAAGUGGAUCGUUCUGCUGCCUAUGCUGCUCGAUGGGUUGCCAAGUCUCUGGUAAAAGCUGGUCUGUGCCGACGUGUUCUUGUGCAGGUAUCCUAUGCUAUUGGAGUGGCCCACCCUUUGUCAAUCUCCAUUUUCUCCUACGGGACAUCUGAAAUGAGUGAGAAGGAACUUUUGGGGAUUGUGAAGAAGAACUUUGAUCUGCGUCCUGGUGUUAUUGUCAGGGAUCUGGACUUGAAGAAGCCAAUUUACCAGAAGACAGCAGCCUAUGGCCACUUUGGUAGAUGCUUCCCCUGGGAAGUGCCUAAAAACUUAAGUGCUGAGUGUGAAGUCUUUCUCCCCAGAUCUGUUGGUGUAUAAUACAGAGAAGCUGCAGACUCGGGGAGAAAGACCCCCUUCCAUAUAUCCUGUCCUCCCAUAACUCCAUUUGCUAGGGCAGAAUCUAUCUUCUUCCCUUUACACCCAUUCUCUAUCACGUGGAGUUUGUCCUUGACCCUCUUGUGCUAGCCACUGCAUUGCUAAUGUGUAGUUUUUUGUUCAGGGUGAGGGUUGAAAGGGACCAUAAACCAGAGGAUCAAUUUUUGGGUUUGGAUGACCAGACACUACGUGUCCCCAUUACAACUGUAACCCUAGUCUGCAAUACUGGCUUUGCAUAUCACACCUCAAUUGAAACCUGUAGUGUUGCUUGUACACAAAGGUUAUAAACUAUUGUCAGUGCUUUGCCCAACAUUGGGACACUUCCAGUAAUGGUGCUUAUUGUGUAGUCCUGGCCCUUUCUGUAAUUUGAAUGUCCUGACUAUCAUGCAGUCCUAUUUUUUUGGAUUAGCAACUUGGAGUUUUAACUUCUCUUACCAACCCCUUUUUUCUUUAAGGACGUACGUAAUGAUUUUUAAAA